AUGAACAGACUCUUCGGUGCAAAGAGCUCAGCUCCCAAACCCAGCCUCAACUCCGCUAUCUCAAAUGUCGACGACCGCGUCUCUUCUAUCGACGUCAAACUAGCUGCCAUCAACGCUGAGCUCACCGGCUACCAGACCAAGCUCUCCAAGAUGCGCGAUGGCCCGGGAAAGACAGCCAUCCGGCAAAAAGCCCUGAAGGUCCUGCAACGCCGCAAGAUGUACGAAGCCCAGCGCGACCAACUGCAGCAACAAUCCUGGAACAUGGAGCAAGCGGGCAUGAUGCAGGAUAACCUUAAGAACGUCAUGACGACUGUCGACGCCAUGAAGCAGACCAACAAAUCCCUCAAGCAGCAGUACGGGAAGAUUAAUAUCGACAAGAUUGAGCGCAUGCAGGACGAGAUGGCCGACUUGAUGGAUAUCGGGAACGACAUCCAGGAGAGCAUCAGCCGAAGCUAUGAUAUUCCCGAGGAUGUAGAUGAGGCGGAGCUGGAUGCCGAGCUGGAGGCGCUAGGCGAGGAGGCCGAGUUUGAGGGCUUCGGCACCGAGAGUACGCCGAGCUUCAUGGUCGACGAGGUACCGCAAUUCAUCGAUGAGCCGCCGCAGAAGGAGGGCCAGGUAAAGGAGGUUGCUGGAUAG